CUGUCCAGCUUUCUCCCUCUCUUCUCUCUUCAGUCUUUACAAAAGGACUCUGCCCUCGCAAACAGACACUUUUGCCAGCGUAGCCUUUCCAGGCGGAGCUACAAGGCCAAUUAACCCUAAGGACUUACCAGAAACAACACAGCACACGACGUCGACGACGGCCAGCGACGGAGGAGAUAGACUGAGACGGAAGAGAGAGAACAUUCUUGCUCCGCAGUUGUCAGAUUUUUUCUUUUCCUCUACCGCAAUUCGUUUUCUCUGUACCUGAUCGGGAUUUGCAUUCUUCGUAUAAAAAAAAAAUGGUGGAGAGUAGUAGCCUGCUCGGCUGGAUCCUGCCCUCCAUCCUCGGCCUGCUCGGAGUUUACUUUUACUUCGCCGCGAGAAGGAAUGCGGAGACUAAUCGGCGAAGAGCAUUGUCGGAGGAGAGCAGUGAUUCGGUCCGGAACCUCACCACCACCAAAGGAGAGCACAGAUCUGGCGGCGACGCUAACGCCGACGCCGACGUCAUCAUUGUUGGCGCCGGCGUCGCUGGCGCCGCUCUCGCCCACACUCUCGGCAAGGAUGGUCGUAAGGUGCAUGUCAUUGAAAGGGAUUUGACCGAGCCGGACAGAAUUGUUGGUGAAUUGCUUCAACCAGGAGGGUACCUGAAGUUGAUAGAAUUGGGUCUUCAAGAUUGUGUGGAGGGAAUCGAUGCUCAGCGAGUGUUUGGUUAUGCCCUUUUCAAGGAUGGGAAGCAUACUCAACUUGCCUAUCCCUUGGAGAAGUUUCACUCGGAUGUAUCAGGAAGGAGCUUUCACAAUGGUCGUUUCAUUCAGAGAAUGCGGGAGAAAGCUGCAUCCCUUCCAAACGUGCGACUGGAGCAAGGAAGUGUCACUUCUCUGCUUGAAGAAAAUGGAACAAUCAAAGGUGUGCAGUACAAGAACAAAGAUGGAGAGCAGCAGACAGCAUAUGCACCCUUAACAAUUGUUUGUGAUGGUUGUUUCUCGAAUCUACGUCGCUCACUCUGCAACCCAAAGGUGGAUGUUCCUUCUUGCUUCGUCGGUUUGGUGUUGGAGAACUGUGAUCUCCCCUGUGCAAAUCAUGGGCACGUCAUACUUGGAGACCCUUCUCCGAUUCUGUUCUACCCCAUCAGUAGCACGGAGGUUCGCUGCCUGGUUGAUGUUCCUGGACAGAAGGUUCCUUCCAUCUCCAAUGGUGAAAUGACAACGUAUUUGAAGACCGUGGUAGCCCCUCAGAUCCCGAAACAGAUAUACGAUUCAUUUGUGGCAGCUGUCGAUAAAGGCAACAUAAGAACGAUGCCCAACCGAAGCAUGCCAGCUGCUCCAUAUCCUACACCUGGCGCAUUGCUGAUGGGUGACGCAUUCAACAUGCGUCAUCCAUUGACAGGUGGUGGAAUGACGGUUGCCCUAUCCGACAUUGUUGUCCUGCGCAACCUUCUCAGACCUUUGAAAGACCUGAACGACGCUCCUACCCUAUGCAAGUACCUCGAAUCCUUCUACACCUUGCGAAAGCCUGUUGCUUCCACGAUCAACACGCUAGCUGGCGCAUUGUACAAGGUGUUCUGUGCUUCUCCAGACAAAGCCAGGCAGGAGAUGAGGGAAGCUUGCUUCGAUUAUCUAAGCCUCGGAGGCGUAUUCUCCAGCGGACCGGUUUCAUUGCUGUCCGGUUUGAACCCUAGACCGUUGAGCUUGGUUCUCCAUUUCUUCGCCGUUGCAGUGUAUGGAGUCGGACGGCUCCUGGUUCCUUUUCCUUGGCCCAAACGCAUCUGGAUCGGGGCUCGCCUGAUAUCGGGGGCAUCUGGAAUAAUUUUCCCAAUAAUAAAAGCGGAGGGAGUACGGCAGAUGUUUUUCCCGGCGACUGUGCCUGCUUAUUACAGAGCCCCUCGCUGAUGGGCAAGUGUUCAAGGUCUCUUUCUGUGUCGAGUCUGUUAUCCCGUUUUGUAAAGUCUCAGAACGUGUGUGUAAUGUACUCUUCUAUUGAGUUCCCAAUAUAUAUGAAAAUUUUGUCUCCAGUUUGAUUAUUUAUGGACAUUAGAAGGCGUGAACAGAAGGCAAGAAUGAAGAAGAGCUUCAAUUUCCGUUUAGAACAUGGUAAUGAAGGCUGUGGAAUGUGGUGAAGGUAUUAUAGCACUAUAGCUGACUGUUGCGCUGGUCCAAGAGGAGAAUUGUCGCGGUAGUUGUUUACUAUGGAAAAGAGUACUGAGGGUUGUGUCUGAUUCAUUGUCACUUGUCAGUGAUGCCUAUUCAAAAGGACAGGACGAAACAUAAGUUAAAAAACACUUGGAAGUCCGAUUCCCUCAUUUAUUUGCAAUAUCAAAUUCAUGGGUCCAUUAAUAAUAUUCAUUCAUGAGUCAUGACAGAGGCUAGUACUUGCAUUGCAUGAUAUGAUGGAAGGCUAAGCUUUGAUAAACUAUGUUAGAUCAU